AUGGGCAAGGUCUUCUCUCAUAAAUACUACAAGGUCAAUGGGACCAUUUGGGCUUGGAGCGAUCCUGCGAACGCCCUGCUUGUCAGUUUAUUCAACUCGAAUAUAAUGGAGACAAUCGAGUUUGCUAUUUCUUCCAACCCCUUUCAAGCUCCCCAUGUUGUUGUUACUCAUAGUCCAGGCGAGGAGCCCAAGUACCUCGACACCCAUGGGAACCCGGACCAGUUGACGGACGCACUUCGGCCAUUGUUCCAAACUCUGGGGCUGUACACCUCGUCAAUCAUUUACUGGUCCAACAGGCAUGGACCAACUUUUACUCCCGCCUCGUAUGGCCAUGUGCUACGAACGCGACGAUUAUGCGGGACCUGUGCGCCGCAGCUAAUCAAUCGACAAAAUAUUUUCCACCGAGUCUCUAUUCAGUUCCACGAGGGUCUUAGGAGAGCUCGAGUCCGGCGACAGCAGCGUUCCAGAUCGCACAUUACUAUUUCCAAUGCUCAUUCCGAAGAGACCGACGUCGAGCCUCCGAUCCGAAUCAAAGCUGUUACUCGCGGAUUUAGCGAUACUGAUGCGGCCGCAAGUCUUUUUGGCUCGUGGGAUUAUGUUCCAACCGCAAGCAGACGAUCUCGCGCUAAUGGCCGAGUCGGCGAUUAUAUCCGAGAGAGCGACGAUGAAGAAGACGACGAUGAUGAUGGAUCUAUAUCAACGUCGCCUCAUAGCCCCACGAUUGGGAGUGAUACAUAUGAAGUCCUUCGUCGACUUGGUAUGGUUCAUUGCGCGGCCGAAUGUGAUGGGGAGAGCGAGGCUAGCGCAGAAGAUUGUGACGACAUCGAGAGCGAAAGCGAAGACGAGUAUAUCGGCGAUAUGACAAUCCCUAUUAUCCCUCAUUUCCCAACCAUUCAUAGACAGUCUCCGAAUUCAACCUCUGAUUCCCUAUCCAGUUCAGAAUCGAUUGAUCUUGCUUCGCUCGUUCAUACCGAAGCAGACGAACAAAGCUCGGUUUCUAGCUAUCUCGUCGACGAAGACUCGUUUGAAUCCGGGUCUGAGACUCCUGACACGGAUGAGGGUGACUGUUAA